AUGGCCGCUUUAGAUGUUUUGAUAAACAAGGCAACUGACCCUACACUUACAGCAGAUAACUGGCAGUAUAUACUCGAUGUUUGCGAUAAAAUUUCGUCUGACCCAGAAGCAGAAACAACAAGAACAAUCAAUCUUAUCAAAACUAAAAUACUAUCUACAAAAGAUGCAAACAUAAUAUUGAGGUCUUUAUCCUUGCUUGUAGCAACCGCAGAAAACUGUGGAUCACGCAUGAAACAGGAAAUUGCCUCGAAAUCAUUUUUGCAAGAUUGUUUGAUAAAAAAAUUGCUGGAUAAAAAGCUACAUAUCACGGUAAAGUACAGAAUUGUUGAAGUUAUCGAGCAAUUAAGUAAGAGCUUCAAAAAUGACCCUUCCUUAAAACCAAUGGCCGAUGCUUAUCACCAAAUCAAACUUGAAUUUCCAAAACUCGUAAAGGCCCAACAGGGACCAAGUAAACCUGCAAAACAAGAGAGAACUCAGCAGGAGAAGAAUACAGAAGACGAAGAAUUGCAGAGAGUUUUGAAAUUAUCUUUGCAAGAGUAUGAGAAUGAACAGCAGUUGAAAAAGCAGUACUUGAAUAAUAAACCGUUACCUGAGACUAAUCCCCAACAGCAGCAGCACAAACUGCACAAACUGCACAAACUGCACAAACUGCAACUGCAACUGCAACUGCAGUCUCAUGCCUCAACCUCAGACUCGGAAGUGCCCGAAACAGUUGCAACCGUUUCUAAAGUUAGAGCACUUUACGAUUUAAUCUCAUACGAGCAAGAUGAGUUGUCCUUUAGGAAAGGCGAUGUGAUUACAGUUAUCGAAUCCGUGUAUCGCGAUUGGUGGAGAGGUUCUCUUCCAAACGGUAAAGUUGGUAUUUUCCCACUAAAUUAUGUUACACCCAUUGUUAACAAGUCUUUGAAAGAACUUGCCGAAGAAAACAAAUUGGAAAAUAGAAUAUUGAAUGUUGAACAAAGGAAGAUUGAUAAAUUGUUGGCAUUGUUAUCUACAAAUAACCAGAUGCAAGUGAACGAAGACGAAGUGACAGAGUUGUACAACGACGUCUUCUCAUUGAGAAUCCAGUUGAGCAAUCUUAUCGAUAAAUAUAGUGUGCGCAAGGAGGAACUAUCUGUCUUGAAUCAUCAGUUGACGAAUGAAGUCAAAUCUUACAAUGAAUUGUUGGACCAGCUGAUUUCCAACAGAUCAAAACUUCAUGCCAGUGGACAACUGUAUCUGCGACUUCCAUACCCUGCUACAUCACUGACUAUACCACAAUUCACUCAUUUAGAGAAUUCUUCUCUGAAUACGAGACAAGGUUCUUUUUCGCAACAAUCAAUCCAUUCACCUUUGCAAAGACCAUCAGAUCAAGUACAUUCACCUUUGCAAAGACCAUCAGAUCAAGUAUAUUCACCAUCGCAAAGACCAUCAAAUCAAGUACAUUCACCUUUGCAAACCGAAAAGCAACAGUACUAUACUCGCCAAGGUAUUCCACCAGCACAGAGUAGCCAAUCUUCCCCAUACCAUCCUUCGCAGCAAGCGCCCAUGAACCCUUUACAUUAUUCAGCCCAGUAUUCUCAGCAACCAGUACAAAUACAACAAUACCAACAAGACUUGCAACAACAAAACAACGCCAGCGUCGGGUUUGGUAACUCUAGAUCUUAA